AUGCCUCCCAUCCAAAUCGCCGCACCUCUCGCUGCAGCCUUCAACAAUCAAUCCCCUAACUUAAAGACCGCUUUGCGACUCACCGAAGCAUUUUUCUCAUACACACCCGAAAGUCUGAGGGCUACCUUCGAUAAGGAUGUUGCAGAUGACUUCACCUGGAUCCCACUCCCACAGUCAUUGAAGGCACUGGGAUGGAAUCCAUUGAGUAAGGAGGAAUCCAUUAAGGCGAUCCCCUUUUUCUUCGAAAGGAUAAAAGACUUGGAGAUCACUAUCACAGAUCUGGUAGAGAACGAAAAUACAGUGGUUUUCUAUUUCAGCGUAGGGUCUUCUGAAAGUGUGGUCAAGCUCCGCUUCGACGCCAAUGGGAAAGUGGUGGAGGAAAAAGACUUCAUCGACACCAAAUGGGCGCAUGAAACUUGGUCGUCCGCCCAGGAAGCUGCAACAGCCUAACUCACUGGAGGAAACAGUUAGCAAGAUUGUUCCAAACAAGUUGUACAAUACGAUGCUUUGUCUGACUGAUCCUACCGCAUUGACUUGCUUUGACGGAGUGGUCAUAUCAGGAUUGUCAUGUUCUUCUUUCGAAUCCACAUGUUACUGUAAUGUCAAUGUUCUCGACUGUUGCAGAGCAAGUUCUUGGACAGUGGAAAACGUAAACGAACAGAGUUCCUCAAGUGCG